GUCCGGAGAACAUGGCGGCCGCGGGGAGACCGAGCCAGGCCUGAGAGACACCUACCGAGUGGUGUACCGCGUGCGUGUCGGCCCUCAUCAUGGCGAGUCCUGUGGUGCGUCAGAUUGAUAAACAGUUCCUUAUCUGCAGCAUUUGCCUUGAGCGAUACCAUGUUCCUAAGGUGCUGCCGUGUCUGCACACCUUCUGUGAAAGGUGCUUACAGAGUUAUAUCCCACCGCAAAGCUUGACCCUCUCCUGUCCCGUCUGCCGCCAGACUUCAAUUCUACCAGAACGAGGGGUUUCUGCUCUGCAAAAUAACUUCUUUAUCACAAACUUGAUGGAGGUCUUACAGCGUAGCCCUGAAAGUGGACACCAGGAGCAAAGUGUCCUACAGAGUGAAGGCCACCCGUCUGGAACUCCCUUAUCCUGCCCCAACCACCAGGGAAAGACUAUGGAAUAUUACUGCGGAUCAUGUGAAACCGCAAUGUGCGUCGAGUGUACGGAGGGGGAGCACAGGGAGCAUUGCACUGUUCCCCUUGGGGAUGUUCUAGAGCAACAUAAAGCAUCACUUCGAAGUCAGUUGGAGAGCAUUAAAUCAAGAAUCCCUCAGCUGACCUCUGCCAUUGACCUUGUGAGUGAGAUCAGCCGACAGUUAAGUGAGAGGAAGAGUGCGGCAGUCAAUGAGAUUUGCUCAACCUUCGAAGAGCUGGAGCGAGCUUUGCAGCAUCGAAAGAGUUCCUUACUGCAAGAUCUAGAGACCAUCUGUGUCUCCAAGCAGAAGGUCUUGCAGGCUCAGCUAACAUCACUACGACAGGGCCUGGAUAACAUGGAUAGCAGUGUACGUUUCACAGAGCAAGCACUUGGCCAUGGCUCAGAGACUGAGGUCUUAUUGGUUAGGAAGCAGAUGAGCGAGCGUCUUAGCGAGUUAGGCUCCCGAGAAUUUCCACUGCAUCCACAACAAAACCCACAACUAGAGUUCCGAGUGGAAACCGAUGGACUUCGUCGAUCCUUGCAGAAUCUAGGUGCCCUCCUUACCACCAGUGCCGUGGCCCAUGCUUCAGUAGCCACAGGGGAGGGUCUGCGCCAAGCUCUUGUUGGACACCAAACCUCUGUCACAGUCACUACUAAAGACAAGGAUGGAGAACUGGUUAGAAGUGGCAAUGCCAGCCUGCAGGCCCAGCUAACUGGCCCUGAUGGAGGAGCACAAGAGGGAGAGGUGACUGAUAAUAAGAAUGGCACAUAUGAGGUACUGUACACUCCGCGUCAAGAGGGAGAGCACUUUCUUUCUUUGCGCUUAUAUGGCCAACCUUUGCGAGGGAGCCCCUACAAAGUGCGGGCUGUAAAACCUGGGGAUGUACCGGCUUCACCUGAGGAUGUAAAACGGAGAGUUAAAUCUCCAAGUGGUGGACAUAUACGGCAAAAGGCUGUGAGGCGGCCGUCUAGUAUGUACAGCACAAACAAGAAGAAAGAAAACCCCAUAGAGGAUGAGAUGAUCCUGAGAGUGGGGGCUCGAGGUCGGGACAAAGGAGAAUUUUCCAAUUUACAGGGAAUUUCAGCUUCUGGAAGCAAUCGUAUCGUGGUGGCUGAUAGCAACAACCAGUGCAUACAGGUAUUCUCCAACGAGGGACUGUUUAAACUGCGUUUUGGGGUUCGUGGCAGGUCCCCUGGACAGUUGCAGCGCCCAACGGGAGUAACAGUGGAUAUGAAUGGUGACAUUAUUGUGGCAGAUUAUGACAACCGUUGGGUCAGCAUCUUCUCACCUGAGGGAAAGUUUAAGAACAAAGUGGGAGUUGGGCGUCUCAUGGGCCCUAAAGGAGUGGCUGUGGACCGGAACGGGCAUCUCAUAGUGGUGGAUAACAAGUCCUGCUGCAUCUUCAUCUUCCAGUCUAAUGGCAAACUUGUGGGCAGGUUUGGAGGUCGUGGCCCUGGUGACAAGCAGCAGCCAGGAAGCCUGGACGGGCCACAUUUUGUUGCAGUUAAUAACAAAAAUGAAAUUGUAGUGACAGAUUUUCACAACCACUCGGUCAAGGUUUACAGUGCGGACGGAGAGUUCCUCUUUAAAUUUGGUUCCCAUGGAGAAGGGAACGGACAGUUUAAUGCCCCCACAGGAGUUGCGGUGGAUUCCAAUGGAAACAUUAUAGUGGCUGACUGGGGCAAUAGCAGAAUCCAGGUGUUUGACAGCUCUGGCUCCUUCUUGUCCUAUAUAAAUACCAUGGCAGACCCCCUGUAUGGGCCCCAGGGUUUGGCACUCACCUCUGACGGGCAUGUUGUGGUAGCGGAUUCCGGGAAUCACUGCUUCAAGGUUUACCGCUACCUCCAGUGAUUUGGGGGAGACCGAGAAAGUCCAGCCAGCAUUCUCCUUGCUCUUCUCCUUCUAAUGACGUUCUAUGUCCGCCUGCUCCUGUAUUCAGCCUGAAGUGAUGUUUCCUUCUUGUCUUCUGCAAACCAGCCGUGCCAGCUCAGCUCAUCCUAUUGCCAGAUACAAAGUAUACCCAGCUAUACAAUAUGCCUGAUGUGCCAGGGGAUUUCGCUGCCCAGCUGUUUGUGGAUAGUUUAGCAUUGUCUAGUUGUAUUUGUGACCUUUCUGCCCUAUCCUGACCUUACUCUAUAUAUACUGCCUACCUGCCCAGCAGCUGCCCUCUUACCUCGCUUUGAGCGCCCUCUAGCUUCUGGCGUUAGUAAUGCAGGAGUGUUAUUCCAUCACCAGCCAAGCGGCGCACAUUGGAGCCUGCUGAAUGUCUCUGGUGACGGAUGGUGAGUGCACUUUAACCCUGUAUUGUCAUAGCUUGUUUACAGACUAAGCUCCGCACUCCUGUCAUUGAAUCCAUGGCAUAGAUGGUGGCGGUGGUGAUUACGUCGUAUGGAUUCCUUUGACUCUUUUACCAGUCCCCAUGUGGACCUUUCUAACUGAGAGGCCUGAGAAGAACCUGUAAACAUUGUCCUUCAAGAGGGUUGGCCCUUACACUGGCACUGAUUGGAGGAUCCCCUUGUACGCUGGCACCAAUUGCUUACUUUUCACUGAUUAUACACAGGGUAUGAAGAUGUCCCUCACUAUGUUCUUAGUAAUAACAAUUUAAUCUUGGUCUAAACCCCUAAUCAGGUGCAGAGUCUUACAGGGACAGAUUUAAUCUGAUGAGAGAGGUGGCGGUUGGGACUAUAUGUAUCUUCCAAUGGGAGCCCCAGAAUCUCCCUAACAUAACACAAGGAGUUUAUAUAAAUAUAUCUUCCCAAAGAAAUCACAGGGAGUCCUAUUUGGGGGCCAAGUAUCACAGGGUGUCCUUUAUGGGGGCUAGAGUCACAGGUAUCCUUUGGAGAGCUGCACUUUAUUUAAUUUUAAUUUGUUGUUUAUUUUAAUGUUUUAUUCGCGCCAUGGCAGCACAUUGCAGGGAAGUGUCUGUAGAUGACGCAGAGCAUUGUGGCAUUUUACAAAACUUUUUGUGCCAAAUUCUGCUCAGCAGUGACCGUGCCGUCUCCGUAUGGAGUUUCACAGAAGAAUUGACUCCAGAAAUUCUGGGAUUCAUUAUGGAGUCCGCUCAUUGGUUGUAUCUAUAAUGGUUUGUUUUAUUUUUAUAUAUUUUUUUUUUUUUUUUUUUAUCAUUAAUUUUGCUGUUAUUUUGUACACUGUUUGACAUUUGAUGUCAUGAAUGUAAUUUCCACUCCUUGCAUCAUGCCACGGUCAGAUGCCUGGGACUGAAACGGUGCAGGAGGGGAAUUUAAGUUAUUGCAGCACAAGUUUGGGUUUUAUUUAGAGGUGGAACCUGCUAGGUGAAGGGACAGUGAAAGUGAAGAGACCAAUGGCAUUAGGGAGGGUGUGCUUAAUUUUGGCAGACACAAGGCAAGCUAGUGAUGGGGGGUGCUGGAUCCUGAUGAAAGUAAAAGUAGCGGGAUAGUAGAGUAGGAGGAGUUUGGGAGCGAUCUAGUAGAAGGCAACGCUGGGCCACAGUGCCAGAUGGGAUUGUGAUUGCUAGUAGAAGUGGGCACUGGGAUUCAGCGGAGGAGAUUGGGAGCGAUCUAGUAGAAGGCAACGCUGGGCCACAGUGCCAGAUGGGAUUGUGAUUGCUAGUAGAAGUGGGCACUGGGAUUCAGCGGAGGAGAUUGGGAGCGAUCUAGUAGAAGGCAACGCUGGGCCACAGUGCCAGAUGGGAUUGUGAUUGCUAGUAGAAAUGGGCACUGGGAUUCAGCGGAGGAGAUUGGGAGCGAUCUAGUAGAAGGCAACGCUGGGCCACAGUGCCAGAUGGGAUUGUGAUUG